AUAUAAAUGACAGAUCGUCUUUUAGACUUCUCUAUUUCCUAAGAUUCAAUUACGUUAAUUAACACAAGAAAUAAGCAUUACAAUUAUAUCAUGGGUAGCAUAAUACUCAAUUCAAUCACCCUCUUAGCAUUUAGCGUAGUAUAGGGAUACAUAUUAAGGAGUCAUUAAGAUUGGGAUUCUAUUGCAGUGUUGAUUUUUGCAUGUUUUUAUAAUCUUCAUUUUAGGCCUUACAAUAAUUUUAGAAGGACUUAGUUUGCUACAAGUAUUCCACAUGCAGACAUAAAAAUUAGUAAUAACUACUUCUGUGUAAGUAUUAUAAUGAAAAUUAUUUUAGAAUAAUUGUGAAUGAGACUUUUAUCUUAGCCAUAUCAAUAUUUUAGACUACUACUGAAUAAUUUGAACAGGAUUCCAAGUUUGAAGUUCUUGUUUAAGUUGUUGCAAUAAUCUUAUUUUUUGUGAUAGCCAUAAUCAAAUUAAUUUUGGUUAUCCAAUUACGAAAAGUGUUAGAGUUAACUAGAGCAACCAAUUAAAUUAAAGAAGGCAUGAGAAGCAAGUAAGCAUAUGAAAACUUCUCUAAAACCUUAAAAUGAAC